ACUAGGCCAGAAACAAGCGAAUGGGCUAGCGGUUGCUGGCCGGCCCAGCCCCCGCGGCGCCCACGUGCAGCGCCAGAGCCCGGGCCUCCUGGGGAGCGAUUGGCCCUGCAGCACCGUAUUCUGUGUGAAGGCUCUCUACCUCCAUGGGGCUGGUAAUGCCAAGGAACCGCGGGGUCUCUGAGAUAAGAGAACAAGACGCAGGACCCUGGCCCAGGGGUCCACCCAAGGACCAGGACUUGAGCCGGCGCCAACUCCUGCCCCGCGAGCGUCCCUGGCCAUUUGUGGGCGGGCGGGUUCGCAGAGGCUCUGGCCAGCACCCUAGGCCCGCCCGCCAUCAGCUGUAGCCGACAUGGAACCUGUGUCUAGCAACAUCCAGGUCCUGCUGCAGGCGGCUGAGUUCCUGGAGCGCCGUGAGAGAGAGGCAGAGCAUGGCUACGCGUCCCUGUGCCCGCAUCGCAGUCCGGGCCCCAUCCACAGGAGGAGGAAGCAACACCCGCAAGCUCCCGGAGCUCUGGACAGUGGGCGGUCUGUGCACAACGAGCUGGAGAAGCGUAGGAGGGCCCAGCUGAAGCGAUGCCUGGAGCAGCUGAAGCAGCAGAUGCCCCUGGGGACUGACUGUGCCCGAUACACCACAUUGAACCUGCUGCGUAGAGCCAGGAUGCACAUUCAGAAGCUAGAGGAACAGGAGCUGAGGGCUCGGCGGCUCAAGGAGAAGCUGCGCAGCAAACAGCGGAGCCUGCAGAGGCAGCUGGAGCAGCUCCGGGGGCUGCCAGUAGGUGAGAGGUUGCGAGCGGAUAGCCUGGACUCUUCAGGCCUCUCUUCUGAGCGCUCGGACUCGGACCAAGAGGAGCUGGAGGUGGAUGUGGAGAGCCUGGUGUUUGGGGGUGAGGCCGAGCUGCUGCGGGGCUUCAGCGCGGGCCAGGAGCACAGCUACUCGCACAGCACCUGUGACUGGCUAUGACGCUCACUACUCUGAUUGCCUUCUACUCACACUGGGCUGAGCCCACCAGGCAGCCCAGAGGGCUGCUCAGAGGCAUCAGUUGGAAUGGACUAAAAGGACCCUCGUGUGGGAACAGGUACUCCCCGUAACCUGCUACUGGCUGCCAGGCAGUCCCCACCGAUUGGGAGGAGGCACCCAGACCACCCCCAGAGCUCUGCAGGGCAGGCAGCUUGGGCCUGGGCUGCCUUUCCAGGCGUUUUUGUAGCACUUGGCUCUGCUGCUCCAGCAGGGGCAGGAAGCCUCUUGGACCCUCUUAUUCCUGAAUAAGGCCUCUGGCCUUUGCCCUACAUAUACUGUACAGUAUUUUCAUUAAAAGCUUCUUUCAUAAUU